UCACCCUCCUCCAUCCUCCCCCGGCCCAGCGCGGCGGGCCGGGCGGCCGAGCCGGAGCGGGACCGAGCCUCGGGCUCCUGCGCUCUCCACACAAAGCUCCCGCGGCGGGCGCGCACACGAUGCACCAGCCGCCCGAGGCCACGGCCGCCGCCGCCGCCGCCGCAGACCUCGGGGCUCGGAAGAUGGCGCACCCGGCCGCGGCGGUCCCUCGGAGGGGCAGCGGCAGCGGCAGCGGCAGCGGUGGUGGCGGGGCCGCGCUCGGCGCCGCCUCAGCCGAGGACUACGCGCCGCCCGCGCCGCUGCCCGGGGCGGCGUCCGGGGGCUCGGCGCCGCCGCCGCCGCCCCCGCAAAGCCUGCACCUCCUGCCGCAGGCCCCGCAGCUGGCCGCGGCGCCCGGCGGCGCGCAGAUGAAGAAGAAGAGCGGCUUCCAGAUCACGAGCGUCACGCCGGCUCAGAUCUCGGCCAGCAUCAGCUCCAACAACAGCAUCGCCGAGGACACGGAGAGCUACGACGACCUGGACGAGUCCCACACCGAGGACCUGUCCUCCUCCGAGAUCCUGGACGUGUCCCUGUCUCGAGCCACAGACCUGGGUGAGCCGGAGCGCAGCUCCUCCGAGGAGACGCUUAACAACUUCCAGGAGGCCGAGACUCCCGGCGCCGUCUCUCCCAACCAGCCCCACCUGCCGCAGCACCCCUUGCCGCACCACCCUCCCCAGAACGUGGUCAUCAAUGGCAGCGUCCACCCGCACCACCUCCACCACCAUCACCAUCACCACGGCCACCACCUCCAUCACGGCCACCACCAUCCGUCCCACGCCGGCGUCAGCCCUGCUCUCCCCGGAGGGCCCCCCCCAAGCCCGGUGUCCAGGAAGCUCUCCACGGCUGGGAGUUCAGACAGCGUUUUACCGGCUGCACCCACUUGUGCUGCAUCAUCGGCUGGCACACCUGCAUCUCUAAUGACUAACGUCCGCAAUACAAAUGCCUCUGGCAGCAUAGGUAUCAAUUCUGUCGCUGGCACUAAUACGAUAAAUAAUGUUAACGUUACUCCGAUGGGUGGUGUUAAUCCUAAUGUGACAAACAGCCUGCCUGGUAAUGUUAAUUUACCAUCAAGUAACAUUACAAGUACUGCUAGCAUAAGUGCCGCGCCUGGACCUAGCAGCAGUGUGAAUGUGAAUAUCCUAAGUGGCAUGGGCAAUGGUACUAAUUCUUCUGUUAACAAUGUUCCUACCCCAGCUGCCGGAAUGGCUGUGGGAUCUGUUUCGGCUCAGCAGCAGCAACCAGCAGCUGGCACAUCCAGGUUUAGAGUUGUGAAAUUAGAUUCUAGUUCUGAACCCUUUAAAAAGGGUAGAUGGACUUGCACAGAAUUCUAUGAAAAAGAAAAUACCGUAGCAGUUACAGAAGGAGUAGCAGUAAACAAAGUGGUGGAGACUGUAAAACAAAACCCUGUCGAAGUGACUUCUGAAAGGGAGAGCACUAGUGGGAGUUCAGUUAGCAGUAAUGUGAGCACACUGAGUCACUACACAGAGAGUGUGGGAAGUGGAGAGAUGGGGGCCCCUACUGUGGCCCAGCAGCAGCAGCAACAGCAACAAGCCCUCCCGGGUUUGGCCCCUCAGCCAAUGGAUUUUAGUAGUAGUCCUGGCGCACAGAGUGUUUCAGCAACUAGUCUACCACAGAGUAUUUCUCAGUCACAGAUUGCCCCGGUGCAGUUGCAUUCUCAAGAGCUGAACUAUACUUCACAAAAGCAAGGAGGUCAGCCUCCUCUUCAGGCCACUAUAAGUGCUGCAGCUGGCAUUCAGUCACCCCCAGUUAACCUUGUUGGGGUACCACCAACUUUAGGCCAACAGCCUUCUGUUUCCAGCUUGGCUCAACCUCAGUUGUCCUAUUCUCAGACGGCCCCUCUGGUGCAGACUCCUUUGCCAGUUGUAGCACCCCAACAGUUACAAUAUGGACAGCAGCAACAAACAGUUGCUACACAGGUGGCCCCAGGCCAUGUUCAGUCAGUAAGUCAGAAUCCUGUCUCUGCAAAUAUGCCAGAGUAUGUUCAGCAUCAACAAAUUCUCCAAACAUCAGUUCCCCCUAUCCCACCAAAUUCUGCAGGAGUGGGAGCAGCCCCAGUGAUGCCUAUUGCUCAGCCACAGAGCAUUCAGCCUUCAGUGCAAUCCACUGCAGUCCAGGCACAGCCUGCAGGGGCGCCAAGCCAGCCUGUGGGACAUGGCCAAACAGCAAUUCCUCCUGUAGUUGCUAGCGGUCAAGUUGUGAAUGUUGGUCAGCAAGUGAACAUCCCGGCUGUUGUGUCCCAGCCUACUGCUGUAACCCAGGUGACACCUCCGCCUUCUCAACCUGGGCUCAUUCAGGGAAUUCAAGCCAGUGCUUCAAACCUUCCUCCACAGUUGGUUAUUGCACCUCAAAGUAACUUGGUAACUGUACAGUCCCAGGCUCAAGGAGCAGAAUCUGUGGCUCAAGGAGCAGAAUCCAUAGCUCAAGGAAUAACAAAUCAGCAGUUGCCUCCAGUGAGUCCAUUACCUUCUGCCAGCAAUAUCCCUGCUGCAAAUCAAGUUGGUUCAGCUGUUCCUUCCGCAAUAGCAGCUGCUCCUACAAACUUGGUGCCACCUCAAAAUAUAGCACAAACUUCAGCUAUACAAAAUGGGAAUUUGGUUCAGAGUGUUAGUCAAUCUCCCUUGAUAGCAACUAACAUAAAUUUGCCUGUGACACAGCAGAUCCCUCUAAGUUCUACUCAGUUCUCCACACUCCUCACUCAGUCCAUUGGAAGUCAGAGUGAAGAAGCCAGGCAUCCUGUGGAGCAUGCAGUAGUUGGCGCACCUCAGACUGUCCCUGGGGAAGGCAUCGGGGCCCUGGCCUCCGGUUCUGAUGGCAGUGGAGGCUCCGUGUCAGCUUCAGCUUCCCUUUUCCCGUUGAAGGUGCUGCCAUUGACCACACCCCUCGUUGAUGGCGAGGAUGAGAGCUCCUCUGGUGCAAGUGUGGUCGCUAUUGACAACAAAAUCGAACAAGCUAUGGAUCUGGUGAAGAGCCAUUUGAUGUAUGCAGUCCGAGAGGAAGUGGAGGUCCUCAAAGAGCAAAUUAAAGAACUGAUAGAGAAAAACUCGCAGCUGGAGCAGGAGAACAACCUGCUGAAGACUCUGGCCAGCCCCGAGCAACUCGCUCAGUUCCAGGCCCAGCUGCAGACGGGCUCUCCCCCUGCCACCUCGCAGCCCCAGGGCACGACGCAGCCCCCGGCCCAGCCGGCGUCCCAGGGCUCGGGACCCUCGGCAUAGCCUCCCCCGGCCCUCGCCGCCUGGCCGGAGCACUCUGAACUGCAGCCCGAGGAGAUGGGCUAGCAGGCGCUCGCCGCGACUCCUCCAUUUCAUUGCGCACGCCGCGCGAGGGACAGACGCGACGCCGACAGACACCAUGACACUUUUUGUUCAGUAUUAAACACUCACCCGCUUUUGGCUCGAAGAACCCUGUUAGGCUGGGGAAUGCCGUGUCCGAGGACUCGCACCGACACGCCGGGGGCCUCGGCGGGGGGACCGGCACCUCUUCCCGGCGGCUUUCUAGCCCAAGGACCUGGACGCUGGGCGCCCGGAGAGGCCGCGCUCGGGCUGCGGACUUCCCCGCCCGUGAGCACCUUGAAAGGGGAGAAAAAGUAAGGACCGACGCGUAGUAUCACCUAAAGUGUGGAGACACAUGUAGUUCAGUAUUCCGAUCGACGACUGUCACCAGAAUCACCAAAUCACUAUAGUGUUCGUGCUGCUUUGCUGAAGAAACAGUGGGUGGCACCGAGCUGUUAGAGCAACUGAAAAGGUGACGGGUAGCUGGGACCUAGGCUAAUUUACAAUGAAGGUUAUUUUGCCUAAUGUAUAUCUGUGUAUGUAGUGUAAGUAUUUUGUAAAAUAGAAGACUGUAACUACUACUUUAGGUUGUACAGAUUGAAAUUUAGUUGAUACAUUGAUCUGAAGUUUGAAUAGUCUUUUUUUUAUAUAUAUUAUAUAUAUGCAUAUAUAUAUAUUAUAUGCUACAUGAAGAAAAAGUGCACCUAAGCAAAUGUUUGGAAUUUAGAAGAUUUAUGCUGUUUGUGUAAUUUCUGAAAUUCCCUGGCUGCUUGAUUAAUAUUGACUUAAACCCCUGUUCACAGAAGUUGUUGGUUAAGACAGUUAAAAUGCUCCCCAAUAUGACUGAUUCUAGUGAAGGAAAUGAAUCUGCCAGCCUGGGUUUUUGCAUAUUACCUGUAUAGUAGUUAUGUGCAUAUGUUUUGUGCAUGUUCUCUAAACAGUUGUAACCGGUCCCUGUAUUUAACUGUGACGCUUGUCAACUUUCAAUAAAGCAUAUACAAUGUUGAUAAA